GUCAGAACUUAUAAAUACAAGACUAGGUAGUAAGAAACGUUUGAGCUCUUUGGCCAUUAGUGAAGAAUUAUAGACAAUGAACCCAACUACAUGUUCGUUGCUUUAAACUCUCUAUUUUGACUAACUCAUAACCCCCCAACUGUCACUGCUGCUAUGAAAUACAGUGUUUACUGAAGAGUAUACUGAGCUGUUUCAGCAGUUAGUACUCCAGGAAGUGAUGCCUCUCAUGUGACACAAACCAGGAAACAGUUUCUUCUUCUGCUUCACUGAGACGAGAAAUACUGAGAGACAAACGACAAGACUCAUGUUCAGACCAAAAACACCACUUCCACUGAGAGAGGACAGCUACAGGAGGGAAUACUGGGAAUACUGGGAACACUGGAGUAUGACCACUUCAACCUGCAGCUGAAUCCACAAACUGAACAAGAGUUUUACAAGAACAAAGACUCAAAGUGAAAGUAACUUUCAGGGACGUCACUAACGGAGGGAGUGACUGACUGUUUCCUGUCUGAGCCGUCUGCCUGCUGCGAGUUCAGCUUCACUCAGAGACUAAAUGGCUUCCAGGUUAGAGGAGGAUCUCUGCUGUCCUGUCUGCCAUGACAUCUUUAAAGAUCCUGUCAUCCUGUCAUGUUGCCACAGCUUCUGUAAAGUCUGUCUGCAGAGCUGGUGGACAGAGAAGGAAACUCAAGAGUGUCCACUUUGUAAGAGAAGACAUUCAAAGGAAUUCCCUCCUUUAAAUUUUAUGUUAAAGAACCUGUGUGAGACGUUCAGAGAGGAGAGAGAUCAGAGAGCUUCAGAGGCUCUCUGCAGUCUGCACUCUGAGAAACUCAAACUCUUCUGUCUGGACCAUCAGCAGCCAGUGUGUCACAUCUGCAGAGAUUCAGAAAAACACAGAAACCACAGAUUCAGACCCAUCGAUGAAGCUGCACGACAACACAAGAAGGAACUUCAGGAAACUCUGGAGCCCUUAAAGAAGAAGUUACAGGUUUCUGAACAAGUUAAAGUGAAGUUUGGUCAAACAGCAGAACACCUGAAGGUCCAGGCCCGACACACGGAGAGGCAGAUUAAGGAGCAGUUUAAGAAGCUUCACCAGUUUCUAGAGGAGGAAGAGGAGGCCAGGAUGGCUGCACUGAGGGAGGAAGAGGAGCAGAAGAGUCAGAUGCUGAAGGAGAAGAUGGAGGCUCUGAGCAGAGAGAUAGCAGCUCUUUCAGACACAGUCAGAGCCACAGAGGAGCAGCUGAGAGCUGAAGACGUCUCAUUCCUGCUCAACUACAAGGCUGCAGUGGAAAGAGUCCAGCAGCGCCCCCUGCUGGAGGAUCCACAGCUGCCCUCAGGAGCUCUGAUAGACCAGGCCAAACACCUGGGCAACCUGACCUUCAACAUCUGGAACAAGAUGAAGGACAUGGUCUCCUACACUCCUGUGAUCCUGGACCCAAACACUGCUGGUCUAAGACUCAUCCUGUCUGAAGAUCUGACCAGUGUGAGACGAGGAGAAGAGCAGCAGCUUCCUGACAAUCCAGAGAGGUUGGGUUCCUGCUCUGUCCUGGGCUCUGAGGGCUUCAACUCAGGGACUCACAGCUGGGAGGUCGAGGUUGGAGACAGUACAGGCUGGGAACUGGGUGUGUCAGCAGAGUCUGUCCAGAGGAAGGGACUCAAACUGUCUGGAUUCUGGACAAUAUGGUUCUUUACAGGUAAAUACUCAGCAUGCUCACCACCAGCUCCAUCCACUGAUCUCCGAGUCAAGAAGAAGCCUAAGAGGAUCAGAGUGAAUCUGGACUGGAACAGAAGAAAGCUGUCGUUCUCUGAUCCUGAUACUAACACACACAUACACACCUUCACACACACUUUCACUGACAGACUGUUUCCAUACAUUUACACUUGGGAUUAUCUCCCACUGAGGGUUUUACCUGUGAAGGUCUCUGUGACUGUAGAACACCUGAACUAGAUAAUGAUGAUGACGACGAUGCUCUUUGAGGAACAUGUGACUAUGUCGUCCUGAUGAUGUUGUUGGUUGUCAUGGUGACGUUGUUGACAUUUACAGUAUAACACCAAAUAACGAGAAAACAUCUGGGACAAAAAGCACUUGCUGUCAUCUCUCUUCAGUAGAAGUCUCAGAGCGCAGAAACGUUUCAUUGAGAGCAAAUCAAAGCUGUUCAAACAAGAGACGAAGAAACGGACGAACACAGAUCAUCGGACUUUGCUGGGAAUCCUAAAACCACCGAGUUGCUGACUCAGGUGGUGUGUCAGCAGCUGAUCCAGCUGGAUUAUUUUAACAACUAAACAGAAAACUGAACUGAAUUAAGUUUGUGUUUCUUUGAGAGGCCUUUCACCGUUCAACUUUAUUUACUGCUCGUUAAAGUUUAAACCAACAGCCAUAUCUGAACAGACAGCGAGGAACUGCACCCAGGAAGUGUUGCACAUGUUCAGUUUCUACGUGUUAAUCACAGCUGGAUGUUACUCACCUGCUGAACUGGAUCCAUCAGCUGGGCUCACUGAAUAUUUGAUGUUAAAGACUCUUUCUAGUUUCACCUUCAGAGAAUUUACACUCAUUUUUAAUCUUUUUAAGAUCUAAAUUAAAUGAUCUUUUUAUUUUUCACGUUUAGUUUUAUUAAUUCAUAACUGAAAUGCAGAAUGAAUCAACUUAAAAGCUAUAUAAACGAUUCUCAAUGUAUUAAGUGACUGUAGGAAGUAGAUUAAGUAAAAGUCUGUCAUUUAUAUCUUUUAUUCUCUUACAUGUGUUAUCUUGUGUGUCGACUUGAGCAAUAUGGUUGAAAUCAUUCAUCAUCACAAUAUUAAUGUAAAUAUUUUAUCGAUAGUCUGUCACAAUAUGGCGACAGGAUACAAAAGUGUUUCAUUACAGCUCAGAAUGAGUCAUUUGAACAGAAAUCUGUGGAACAACGAGAUUAUUAGAUGAAAUGGUUAAAUGACGUAGCUACAGUAAACCUACCGCUUACAUCGCUAAAGGUUCAAUAAUUAUAAGUUCCUUUCCUGUUAUCUACUGUUGUUUUUAUGACCGAUCUGCUCAGUUAUUAUUCAGCUUGUUUCUCAUGUGGUCAGUAAAUGACCUUUAUGUAAAAGCUCAACAGGACGAACUAACUGAGCUGCUGUCAGUAUCUCGGCUAGCUAACUUAGCUAGCUAGCUAACUUACAAAGUUAGGACACAGACACAUUUAGAAAGUUAAAUUAGCUCAUAAACAGGAUUAAUAUUAGAUAACAGUUUAGCUGCUGUAUGUCUACCAUUAAUAGACACUAGCUAACUAGUUUAGCUAAUGUCAAAUAUGAAAACUUGGGCUGUGUUAGUAGGAUUGAUAGUUUGUGCUACGUACACCUUGUAUGUAAGAUGUUUGCCUCUGUACAAGUCUAACUAAUGUAACAUCUCAGGUCAGCAGCUGUUCUGCACCAUAGACUGCAAUCUAAUUAACAGUUAGAUACAAGAAAGUGGGGGAAGGUACAGUGGAUAUGAUAAUCCCAUGGUGACAUACAGAGGUGAUUGGGGUUGACAAAGAGUGGGAAGGAAUGUAUGCACAUGUGUUGGCAGGCCGGAGUCGGCACCCUGUUGAGAUGAGUUGCUUGAUCAAUGCAUGGGGGUAACUCGCAUUUCCUUACUGACCAGCCGCUCUGAUCACACCUGAGAAUGGAAUGCAGCGGCCUGUGAAGAUCAAGAGGAAUGGGAAGUGUGAACUUAGGCAUUUACAUAGCAUUGUGUACCAAGAGGAGCUCAGGACAUAUAACCAACUACUUUUGUAUUGCUGCUUGAGACAUAGCUGGGAGAUCGCCUGGAGAGGUCUCUGUGAUGUGUCUCCAGAUAUAUCUGUAUUUGUCUGUAUUGUUAGAUUGUUUGUAAUGUUUGUAAUAAUUGUGAGGAUAUAAAUACUAGUUAAAAGACAAUUGUAGGUCUCGUGUGGAUCCCUUCUCAUCAACCAACUCGGAGAGAGGUUUUUCUGACCUCGACACUAACUAGCUAAGAUGAUACUAUAUGAAUUUAAACAGGCUAAUUUAGCUCACCUGUAAGCUAUCAUGCUAACUGAACCUUCAGUCUGUCCAGGCUGAUUAUUAUUCAGCCAGUAAAUAAAAAAAAAUCUCCGACCAA